AUGGCUGUGAUUGCAGUCAUGGGGGCUGGCGUUUUUGCUGCUGCUGCGACAUUAACGAAGGCCAUUUUACUGAAAAAUCUACCCGCUCAUGCAGAUAUAACGUGGUCCUGGGCCCCGAUAACACUCUGGUACACAAUAGAAAUGUACGUCAUCAUAAUCUGCGCGACCCUUCCCACCCUCCGACAAUCCUACUUCGCCGUCCUCAACCGCUCCACGCACCAAUCCUCAUCCUACAACAAAUUCACCCAUUCCGGCAAAUCCGACCACAAGCAGCGAUCCCUACCACAGCCUCGUCGACCAGUCGACGCGUCGCUCUUCGAGACCCAUAUGACGAACUUCCAGGAGGAGCCGGGCCAUCAGCAUAGUUCGAGCCAGGAGAAUAUUUUGCCCGGCGAGGCGAUUGAUCUGAGUGCGAUUAAGAAGACGACGGAGGUGCAUGUGUAUCAGGAAAAGGACCAUCUCCUGGCUCUACGGGAAGACCCUGGAUACUUUGCAGAUGUUGUUAAUGAUUACAAGGAACAACUGCAAGAGAUCCUUCGAGAUACCAACGGAAAGCCUCAUGUGACUAUGGCACAAUAUCCACCGUCUGUGUUCUGGAACCGUGAUCUGCAGAAUGUUGUUACAGCAGCCUACUUCGCCAUUGAAAUCUGUGACAGUGUUCGCGGGGCGCUGUCGAACUUGCGUCAACUUCAAUCCAAAUAUGAGGGCCGCAUUUUUCCCGAAAAGGAUCUCCCGAAGGGACUGUAUGACAAAUUUGUCAAAGUUCGGUAUUCUCCAGAACAAUCUACCAUCGGACCUAUCAACUAA